CUUGCUUUUUCCUCCUUUUUCCCUCUCCAACCGUUUUAUUGACAAUUGUGUUUCUUACUACGUGUUUUUUGUUUCUUCUGAAGUUCAUUAACUUUUAUCUCGGGCGGACACAAAAAACCGGAUGAAAAGCAAAAAGACAUGAAAAAUAACAAAAAGCAGAAAACAGAAAAAAAAUUGUAGAAUAAGGCUUUAUGGUUAUGGGAAUGAGCUUUACGGUUAAAGAUAAAAGUUAACGAUCUUCGGAAAAAAUAGGAAACAUGUAGUAAGAAAGUACAAUUGUCGAUAAAACGAUCACAAAGGGGAAAAAAGCAAGAGGUGAAAAGCAAGAAACAGGAAACAAAGAGUGCAUUGUAGAAUAGGCUUUAUAGUUGCGAGAGAACAAGAGUUUCAAGAUGGAGGGGCAACGCGUAGUGCGAGUGUCGCGAGCGAUCUCUCGAUAAUCGAUAUUUGAAAUUCGAAUACAGACUGCAUAAUGGAGAACGUUUCGCACGCUCAAAUUACGUUGACAAGAUGUUCCUCUGCCGUUGCAAUCGCCACUUUUACGAAAUACACGGCUCAGCAUUACACAUCGUCGCGCUCUGAAACACGAGGUUAAUACGAUGGAAUCCGCGGCGGUCUCGGUCUUGAAGCGAGCAGUGGAGAUGGACAAGAAAGAACAAUAUACGAUGGCAUUGGUGUUGUACCAGGAAGGCGUGCAGAUACUUCUUGACGCGGUAAAAGAAACGAAGGAAGCAUUCAAGGUGGAAUACCUUACGACCAAAGCGAGAGAGUAUCUUGACAGAGCCGAGAAGGUGAAGAAAUUGAUCAGUACGAGGAAAUUAGCUGGAAUAUACACAGAAAUGAUUAAAAUUGAGGAUGGAUCGAUGGGGUAUGGCUACGCAAGUGUCUUCGGCAGAUUCUUGGAUGGUACCGUCACUUCAAUUGACAUCGAAGAUCCAUAUAUACGAGUCUUCCACCAGUGUCAGAAUCUAGUCAGACUAUGUGAGCUGGCAGUUCAAAAGUGCUGUGCACUGUCCAAGAUAUCCCUGCUUACGACUUACAAUAAAGAAGCUGGCCAAGUCUCCAGAUUGGCUGAGCUGAAAGAAAGUUUGGCGUCUCGUAAUAUUUCUUUUCAUUUCUCUUUCUCCGAGACGUUACACGACAGACAAAUUACACUGAGCAACGGAUGGGUGAUAAAAAUCGGGCGUGGAUUGGACUAUUUUAAAACGCCGGAAGGUAAAUUCGUUCUUGGUUCGUGCGAUCUAGAAUUAAGACCCUGCCAGGAGACUACUGUACACAUUCUUCAUCAAAACAAUCUUAUCGUGGACGGAGGACCAUCAAAAUAGGACAUAAUUAAUAUAAUAAGAUAAUGGUUAAUUAUUGAUUUACAUUUUCUUUAUGAAUGUAUAUUAUGGCACAUUUUUUUAGUACGUGACAAAAAAAAAACAUUUACAUUUUUACAAUACGCACCUCUUGCAAUAUGAUGCGCGUCAAGAGUUAUAUAUAUAUAUUUAACAAAGAUACUUAUUUUCUUCACAUUAUUUUUUUACAAU